AUGCUGCCCACCCCCUGCACCGCGCACGUCUCCUUCGACACCAUCUACGAACCCGCCGAAGACAGCUACCUCUUCCUGGACACCCUCUCCUCCGCCAGCGAGUCCGCCUGGCUCACCCAGCACUUUGCCUCGGGGCCGAGCCCCACGAUCCUCGAAGUCGGGUCCGGGUCGGGUGUUGUCCUCGCCUUCGUGGUGGCUAACAGCCCGACCAUCCUCGGCCGCGCCGACGUGCUCUCCCUGUCCACGGAUCUGAAUCGUGCUGCCUGUCUUGCGACACGCGAGACAGUCGUGAGAGCCAUUGCGCAGCAACAGGAGCAGCAGCAGCAGCAGCAGCAGGCAGACCCCGAAUCCCAACCCAACCCACACACUAGCUCGAGCGCACAAAACACAACCAGCAUCAAAUCACAACACCUAUCCUCCCUCCAAACCAACCUCGCCACCCCCCUCCGCCCGGGCUCCAUCGACCUCCUCCUCUUCAACCCGCCCUACGUCCCGACCGACACGCUGCCGCGCGCCCCCGCCCCGGAGGACUUCCCGGAGCCUUCCAGCACAGAGUCUCGCUCCGCGCAGUUCGAGCGCGCAUCCUACCUCCUUUCGCUCACGUACGCCGGCGGAAAGGACGGGAUGGAGAUCACCGAGCACCUCUUGGCGGAUCUGCCGCGGGUGUUGAGCGCGCGCGGGGUGGCCUAUGUGUUGCUCUGUGCGCAGAAUCGGCCGAGGGAGGUGGUGGAGCGGAUAAGAGGGUGGGGGACAGGGACAGGGACAGGGGAGAGGUGGUGUGCGGAGAUUGCUGGGUUUAGUGGGAAGCAGGCGGGGUGGGAGAAGUUGGUUAUUGUGAGGGUGUGGCGGGAGUGA